UUUCAGGAAAUAUUGCUGCCAAGAGCCCAAGACCAAUAUCUCGCUCGCCUCGCGCCGUCUCCGGCCAAGGCUCCGCUCGCUCUUCCUCCAUUUCGCCCGCCGCCCGCCCGCCCGCUCUUCGCACCGAACGCCAAGGAACAGGUUCUCAGGUUGCGUUCUUGAGGUGCCGUGCCUUUUAUCAGGACAACCAUGGAAGCUAGGGAGCCCAAGAAGGCAAGGGGACACGUCAAAUGGGAUGAGGAGAACUUGAAUGACAUUGAGUCAAACAAACCUGAAAGAGAAAAGAUCACAGAGCCGAAGACACCUUACCACCCUAUGAUUGAUGAAGAUGAAGGACCUGUUUCACCAAGACAAUUAAGUGAAGAGUCGGUGGAUAAAUCUGCUUAUGCUGAUGCCAUUAAGACUGCUUUGGCCGAAGCUGUUUCCAGUGGAAAGAUUUUCGACAGGGAUAGCUGGGAAUCGUGUGACAAUGAAGAAGAAGGCAUAAAACAAGGCAAAGCUUUCGAAGAGCACCGGAAGGCUCACUAUGAUGAAUAUCAUAAGAUGAAGAAACUGCUUCAGAAGGGAACCCUGACCGAUGAUGCAGAUGAAGGUGAGAGUGACCCAAACAACAGGACUGGAUGAUGGUACUAUCCCGGUUGGAGCUUGGAAAUGUGAUCAGCAAAUCCUCAUCAUCAUGACCAGUGGUUGGAGACUUGGAAACCGUUUCUUGUUAAGCGAUUAGUAAGUAGUUCAGGACUGGUACCAGGCGUAUUAGCUGUAGUCUCAACUGUUUCAUCUUUCGCUGCCCGAAAACUUGGAUCAUGGAUCCCCCUCGCGUGUAAAUGCCUGUUCUGUUGCUUGGCACUAGCCCCAGAAGUGCUUCUUAUAUCUCGGGACAUAUUUGGCAUUGUUGCAUCCAUCAGUUCUUUUAA